UUCAGACCCUCCAUUUCUCCAUGCCCAUGGAUCCAUAGCUUCAUCUUCAAAAACCCUAGCCUACUCGCCUCUGCAAUUUUUCCUUCCAUUUUCCUGCAGAUCGGAGAAAUGCUAGGCAAGAAAAUGGUUUCCUUCAAGAAACUCGCUAAGAAAGUGAAGGUCCGAGUCGGGACGGAGGGUGAAGCAUCGUACAACGAAUGUUUGCUCAGAGAUCAACUGGAACCACCGGAGGAUCACGAUUCUCAGUCGCCUUCGUCGACUCCGACUGGCUCGUUCGCGAUUUACGUCGGCGAUGAACGGCAGCGCUUCGUUGUGCCGACGAGUUUCUUGUCGCAUCCGCUCUUUAGGAUGCUGCUCGAUAAAGCGUACAGAGAGUUCGGAUUCGAGCAGAGGAAUGCGCUUAUGGUUCCUUGUAGCGUCUCUGCUUUUCAAGAAAUUGUGAGCGCGGUCGAAUGCUGCAAUGGCAGAUUCGAUUUCGGCGAGCUUGUUGAGGAGUUUUUGUAGAACAGACGAAAUGCAGAGGAAUAUCCGUUCGCUAGGGUUUGUAUCGUUUGAUCCGUUCGGUAGUGAAAUUCGUCGUCGAUUUCUGUUGAAAGAAACCGAGGAGGAUACGAUUCGAUUGAAUUCAGCCGAUUUUUACUGUUCGAUUGGGUGCAGAAUGUGAAUCUCUUCAUCUCAAAAUUCAAAUUCAUGCCCAAUUCGAUUCUCGAUGUUCCAUUUUUCUUGGGAAGUUGUAAAAUCAGAGCCGUAAUUCUGCGAUCAAAGUGUCAUUGUAGUU